AUGGCCUCCGAGCGAGCGAUCGAUCGGGAAGAGAGACAAGGCCUUCGUGCCAUUCGUGAUUUCCUCAAGGCCCGAAAUUCCUACGAUGUCCUCCCGCUCAGCUUCCGACUCAUCAUCUUCGAUACGUCCCUUUCCGUCAAGGAGAGUCUGAACAUUCUGAUUCAAAACGCUGACCGCAAAACCCGGGAAUCGGGAGGUACAGGCAUCGUUUCAGCUCCGUUGUGGGACUCCAAAGCGUCCAAAUUCGCAGGUCUUCUGACCACUUCCGACUACAUCAAUGUCAUCCAAUACUAUUUCCAGAACCCCGCUGCGCUGGACCAGAUCGAUCAAUUCCGCCUAGACAGUUUGCGAGAUGUUGAAAAAGCGCUAGGCGUGGCACCGCCGGAGACCGUCUCCAUCGACCCAGAGCGCCCUCUAUACGAUGCCUGUCGGCGCAUGCUGGAAUCGCGCGCCCGCCGUAUCCCCCUUGUCACCAGCGAUAGCCAGACCGAGCGGCCCCACGUUCUCAGCGUCAUCACGCAAUACCGAAUCUUGAAAUUCGUCGCUGUCAAUGUCCCCGAUACGCAGCAGCUGCGUCGUCCGCUAGGGGAGCUCUUGCUUGGAUCGUAUGAUAACGUUGCCACGGCUUCGAUGGAUACCCCGGUCAUUGAUGUCAUUCAUAUUUUGGUCGAGCGCAGCAUAUCUAGUGUGCCGAUCGUGAACUCGGAAGGCGUGGUGUAUAACGUAUUCGAGUCGGUCGAUGUUAUUACUUUGAUUAAAGGAGGUUUCUACGACGAUUUAAGUCUCACAGUUGGGGAAGCUUUGAAGAAACGUUCUCCGGGUUUCCCGGGUAUCUAUACAUGUUCAUUGAAUGAUGGUCUGGAUACUAUCUUCGAUACUAUCCGCAAAUCCCGAGUACACCGUCUCGUCGUUGUGGAUGAGCACUUCAAGCUCAAGGGCGUUCUGACUCUGAGUGAUAUUCUGCACUACAUUCUUCUUGAGGGAGAGAAUGAGGAAGCAUGA